AUGGAUUCAGAUGCUUCAUAUGACAAGAACAAUGUCUUUCGGAAACUCAAGGCAAAGUCUGAAAACAAGAUGUGUUUCGAUUGUAAUGCAAAAAAUCCAACUUGGGCAUCCGUCACCUAUGGGAUCUUCCUCUGCAUCGAUUGUUCCGCUGCACAUCGCAGUCUCGGUGUCCAUGUCAGUUUUGUCAGAUCAACAAACUUAGACAUGUGGAGUCGAGAGCAAUUGAAAACCAUGAUCUUGGGAGGAAACAACCGUGCGCGAAAUUUCUUUAAGCAGCAUGGUUGGACUAAUGGUGGUAAAGUAGAGGCCAAAUAUACAUCAAGAGCUGCAGAGUUAUAUAGACAAAUUCUUUCUAAGGAAGUAGCUAAAAGUAUGACAGAUAAGGAGGUAGAUUCACCAUCAUCACCUACUGCUUCUCAGUUUGAACAAGUUGUUGAAGAACUUCCUCGAGUAAAGACUAAUGAAUCACCAAACGAAAAUGCUUCACACACAACAAUUUCUAAUACUGUCAGAAAACCUAUUUCUGCUAAAAAAACAAAAAAAGCUGUGGGACUUGGUGCUAGAAAGCUUACUAGAAAGUCAUGUGAGAAUCUGUACGAGCAAAAACCAGAAGAACCACCAACCGCAGCAAAAAAGCAUACACUUUCAGGGUCAUCAUCUACAUCACGAUUUGAGUAUAUAGAAAAUGACCAAUCAUUUGAUUUGAAUUCUAAAGGUAAGGGUCGCUUAGCAAGGCAUGUAUCCUUACCAGAGUCAUCAAGCGUCUUUGCAGACUUCUUAAUGGAUAGUGGUUCUCCAAAGGAAUUUGGGUCAAAUUCAUCAAAAGACAAAAUUGAGGAGUCCAACGAAGCAAGAAGGAAAUUCUCAAAUGCUAAAUCAAUUUCUUCCUCUCAAUUUUUUGGAGAUCAAAACAAAGAUGCAAAUGAUUCAAAAGUUAUCCUCUCAAAAUUUUCAGAUUCAACUUCCAUUUCUAGUGCCGAUCUUUUUGGUAACUCUUCCAAUGUUGAUGUUGAUGCUAAUGACCUCCUUAAUAGACUAUCUUUCCGUGCUUAUGAAGACAUUUCUUCUCUCAGAAAUAUGGCAGGUGAGACUGGGAAGAAACUCAGUUUCUUGGCUUCCAAUCUGAUAACAGAUAUUCAGGAUAGAACAAUUUAA